GUGGGGGGGGGGGGGGGUGAAUGUGUAUGCCUACUGAAAGUUUUGGCAAAGAUUUAGCUGGUACAGUGAGGCCUAAAAGGCACACCAGUGUCCAUUUGGAGUUUGUCAGGAGUUUUUGAUUUCGUAAUGUCUAACUGUAUAGAUGUCCGAUUCAGCCCUCACAGCUGGGCAAAUGACAUGAACAGGGGAGUUUGUUUGCACGACCUCCACAUAAAGGGACACUGUGUUGAAGGUCAACAAGCCUGCCUAUUGUUGACACUGAUCUAUCUGAAGUUAGACAACAAAGGUUCACAAUUCUCUAAUGCCAUCAUUCUUCUUUGUAUUGACUAUCCGUGGCUUUCAUACUGAAGCAUAGAACAUACAGAUACCUCUCUCCAUAGAUACUUCUGUUGUGUGCCUUGAGAGAAGAGAUAAACAUUAGUCACGGUGAAAAAUUAGCAUAAUGUAGUUACUUCAUUACAGUGCAGAAAUAGCCAAGGUGGUGUGGAAUGCUCUGUGAGUGCUCUGUGCAAUGCUCUGUGUUGUCUUAAGUUUAACAGGCCAAGUCAUGAGCGUCCGAAAAUGUAGUUAAAUUCGCACAAAAUGUUAGAACAUCACCUCAGUUAAUCUUGUGUGUCUUUUCUUCGUGAGUCUAAUCCACAGAGUUGUGGAAGUUCAGAGGUUGUUUCAGCCCAUGUGCAGGCUCUUGCUCUUCCUCCCUGUCUCCGGCCAGUGAAGAAGAAGAUGACAUGGAGUUGGACUCAGUGCUGGAGGAAGGAGUUCAGCAGGAGGAAGUUGACCUUUCACCCCUACACACCUGAGUUGCUGCUGCACCCACAGUGGGACAUAUCGCCAUGGCUCUGGCUGCUCUACAGGUUCUUCAUGCUGGGCUACACGCUGGGCUGGUGCAUGUACUCUGGCCUGCUCUUCUCCACCCCCAAAUGGCUCAUCUACAUCAGCCACCUCACCUACUGCCUCCUGGGGGUCUACUACCUGCUGGCCUCCGCUAACCUCACUGGAGCCGUAGUGCUGGUCAGACGGCACUGCAGGGAUCAGUGUAGAACUGUUAGCGAAGUCAAUCCAGCUAACUCCAUAGGCUCUUUGGGCCCAUUCCCUCUCCCCUCCCCCCUCAUCAAAUCGCUGAGUCUCCAGUGGUUCCUCCUCACAUUCGUGAGCACCUACUCACUCACCGUGUCCUUCCUCUAUUGGCUGGCCGUCUUUCCCGUGGAGGACCACAAGCUGUCCGCCUUCAACGUCAACAUGCAUGUGGGCAACUCCCUGCAGUCGUUGCUGGACCUCUUCCUCUCGGCCACGCCCAUCCACUUCUUCCACUACGUCUACCUGCUGCUGGUCGGCUGCGCGUACGCCACCUUUGCCGUCCUCUACUGGCUGUCCGGCUUCACCAACCUGGCCGGCGAGCCGUUCAUCUACAAGGUGCUGGACUUCGGCGCGUGUCCGCUCACGGCCUCGCUCUCCGUGCUGGGCUUCACGCUGGUCUGCCUGCCCCUCUUCCACUUCCUGCUGUGGAACGUCCACCUGUUGAGGCGCUGGCUGGUGGAGGUGGUGCUGCGCGGCGGUGCCUGGGACCUGCGCCGCGGUGUGUGGUGGUGGAGGGUCAGCGGGAAGAAGGAGCCAGUGCCCAUAUCUCUCACCGACACUUCCACCUCCACAUCCCUCUUCUCCUCCAGCGGCGCGGGGGCAGAGGAAGGGGUCGCCCAGCCCCUGCUGGUGCCCACCGGGUCCAGCCGGGUGGCUGUGUCCGUCUAUGUCUGAACAUCCCCACUCGACCCAUCAAACUGUAUACAUCUCCAUAUAGAUAUGAUAUAGUUGACUUAUUCACACAGACCUAACAGUGAAGUGUUUUAAGCAUCAUGCAUCAGGUCUCCUGAUUGGAUGAAUUGGAGGCUCUGUGUAUUUUGAGUCAGUCUACUGUAUCUUAGCUAAUCACAUUCAUAUGAAAGACCUAAAGUUUUCUCACACACCCACAGACACAGUGGUUCACACGACAUAUCAGUGUGUUUACUUUCUUUCUUUACUUUCUAAACCUCUAAUUUUCCUUCUUUUGUGUCUCCCUGAGUGUGGUCUGUUUAUAGAACACAGUGCUCCUCUCAGAAGAUGGUUGUGCAACGGUGGAUGUUUACCCCAUGCAGCACCUAUGAUUAUGAUGUGCUAAAAAGCACUGGGACUGUUUGGUCUCUCCAGUAUAAUUUGUGUGUUCGGGCUGUGGAUACCUGAGGUGCCAGUAAACAAAACAAUAUAGAAUUUACCCAAGUGUGUGGGGGCUUUUGUGAUUUUGGUCCGUAAACACUUGACCAUUUCUAUUUUUUUUAGAUACUAUGGUGGUUUGUGAUGUAUGCAUUUCACUCUGAACAGCGACUCACUGAAGCAACCCAGACAUUUGUAUUAAUGGUGUUUAAUAUGGAUAGCUUGCAAAGAAAUGAUGUGAUUUCUUUAAUUGGAUUGCAGAGGACUUGUAUUGGGGCAUGGCCCAAAGUAAAAAUACAACUGAGUUUAGGGCUUCCUAUUCUCCACUAGAGGACAGUAUUUGUAUCAUGUGUAUUAAACCAAAGAAUACAAAUACACUGAGCAAACACACUUUCACCUCUUGUUACAGCACACCUU